AUUAUCCUCUCUAGGUAUCUCUUGUUUCAAGUGAAGUCCAGGCAACUGGUUACAUCUUUUAGUUCAAGGAUGGCAGAUCAUGAUCAAUCACUUUCUUUGCAAGAAUUGCCCCCUCAUUUGAUACUAGAGAUUCUAAAUUCAGGUCGACUGAAUGCAACUGAUCUUGCCUGUCUAGAACAGUCAUGUUGGACUUUCGGAGGGAGAAGUACUCAUCAUGGGCUAUUCCCACCCAAGUUCCGAUCUACGGUCGAUUUCGCCGCCUUUCAGCUCUGUACCUUACAUCCAUUAUUUGCUUCCUUCCCUUCAAAUGCUUCCGACGAGCUCCUCAAUCGUUGCGGUGGGAAUUGGAAGCGAGUGCUGAGGUUCUUGCAGUCGAUCAAACAAUCAUCUAGCAUGGUCGAGACCUCUACAGGCGUUAUGCAAGUUACCACAGGAAGAUACCACACCUUAUUGAUCAAAGGCUCCACUGUAUACUGCUGUGGGUUCAACCAAUCUGGUGUUCUUGCGCAAGGUCCAGGUAUAUCGCUCUGCUGUGCAAUGACCCAAAUAAGUUUCCCAAUUUCAUCCAGUAGGGUAAGCCAUAUCUCAGCUUCUCACAACCAUGCAGCUUUUGUGAUGCAGUCUGGGGAGGUUUUCACUUGUGGAGACAAUUCAAAUUCAUGUUGUGGUCAUGGAGAAGUAGGAGGCCAAUCCAUUUUCAGGCCUAAGCUUGUUGAAGCAUUGAAGGAAGUUCCUUGCAAAGAGGUUGCUACAGGGCUUAGUUUUACUAUAUUUCUCACUGAAAAUGGUCAAGUUUAUACAUGUGGGAUCAACACUCAUGGGCAGCUUGGUCAUGGUGAUACAUUAGCUGAACCCACGCCCAAACUUGUUCAGGAUAUGGGUUGUGUGAUUCAGAUUGCUGCUGGUGCAAGUUUCUCUUUAGCUGUUACUGAUGAUGGGAAGGUAUACUCAUUUGGUUCAGGCUCUAAUUUCUGUUUAGGUCAUGGACAACAACAAAAUGAGUUUCAACCCCGUGAAAUUGAGGCAUUUAAAGGUGUUCAUGUUGUCCGUAUCGCUGCCGCCGACGAGCAUGUCGUGGGGCUUGAUUCUAGUGGGUUUGUGUAUACAUGGGGCAAGGGUUAUUGUGGUGCAUUGGGUCAUGGAGAUGAGAGUGACAAGAUGAUUCCAGAGUUAGUGCAUAGCCUUAAGGGCCACCUUGCUGUACAGGUCUGUGCAAGGAAGAGAAAGACCCUUGUUCUUAUGGAUGAUGGCUCAGUUUUUGGGUUUGGGUGGAUGGGGUUUGGGAGUCUAGGGCUUUCUGAUAAGGGUUCCUCUGAUAAAGUUAUGAAGUCUCAAGUGGUUGAGAACUUAAGAGGUCACCAUAUUUGUCAAAUAAGCACAGGGAUGUACCACACUGUUAUAGUCACCAAUAAGGGCCUUGUUUUAGGGUUUGGAGACAAUGAGAAAACACAACUUGGGAUUGGUUCAUUGAAAGGAUGCCUCAAACCAACUGAAAUCAUGGUCCCAGAAAAAGAUCCUUGACUUGUUACAGAAAUCAAGAAGCUUAAGGUAAUUUUGGCAAGUUCAGCAAUUUUUCCCAACUCUACAUUGGGGCUUCAAUUGAUUAAAAAAUUCCUAGUGGAUUCUGGAUUUUUUUUCUGGUAUGAAUAUAUAUAUAUAUAUAUAUAUUUUUUUUUUUAGACUGUAAAUUAAGAUAAAGAAAUGUGAUGGAA